ACUAUCGCUUCCAUGGUUGCGGCAACUAUUAAUUAAUCUAUAUUAGGAAACUGUCAGUUUACUACGAUCAAAGCGUCCUAUAGCUUAAGCAAGUGCCUUAUUUUUACGCGCUUUACUGUAAACAGAAAAAAGCAUGGGUUUGUGUCUAUUAAAACUUGUAUUUACUUGAUUUCGUGAGAGCGGCGUUCAUUCACUCGUUGUUCAAUAACGCAAGAAAUAUUUAUGCAAUAAUUUUCUUUUUAUCGAAAUAAAUGUUUCAAACAGACGAGCCGAGUUUAUCGAAUCCGGAAAAUGAAAAACGAAUUUCGAGGAGUGAGGAGGACCGUUCAUUCGACGAAGUGAUUGGACAUAUCGAAGAUUUGUUAUUAGAAGAAGACUUUCAAGCCCUUCAGAAUAAAUUUUUAGAAAAGUACUGGGACGUUUUCGAACCAGUAGAAGAUAACAAAUUAAUUUACACCGAUAUAUUCAAUGAAUACAAUAAAGCUGUAGAGGCAUACAUUGUGAAUUAUCUAAAGAAAGUCAUGCCACAGUUCACAGUGGACACUCUUUUACAUCAAUUAAAUGAGAAACAAAAGCAGACAGAGCUGGAAGGUGAAGUUUUUGAGGUAUUGUCAACGAUAACAGACUUCUUGGCUUUUAAGGAAAUGUUCUUGGAUUACAGAGCAGUAAAAGAAGGUAAGGUUGCAGAUCUCAGCUGUGGGAUAUCCGUAACGUCUUUGAAAUCUUAUGAUGCCGAAGACUGUAAAGAUCCACCAAGAUAAUACAAAUAAUUUUAGCAUAAAGUGUUUUAGAUGAAAGCUAGAAGACGGAAUACGAGUAA